GUGGCGCCACACACACACACGCGCGCGCGCACUCACUCUCACACACACACACACAGAGCCAACAGCAGAGUGUGUGAGCAGGUUUAAAGCUGCGGGGAGGCUGGCUCGGUGUGUGAGACAGUGUGAUAUAAGCGGGUUUAAAGGAGAAGCCCCUGAAUGAGAGGUUGAGGAGCUGAGGGAUGAACUGAUGAACUGAUGAACUGCGCUCUUCCUCUUCAUGCUGUAAAUUUGCUGCACUGAGGCCGGAGCGCGCGCUGAGUCAGGGGCACUCGGAGCCCCGCUGGGGUGUGUUUUGUACCUUUAAUCACCGUAAGAAGCAAGUAGUUUGUACACAACAGGUCGGGCAGUUUGGACAGUGUUAACAGCCAUGCACGCACUGGGUGUAGUGUGUGUCGUGUGUGUGCUGCUGUGUGUGGUGGAUCUGAAGCCCACAGUGAGAAAGGACAGAAUUCACCAUGAAGCCGAACUUAGCCGGAAACCGCACGCGGACCAGCACGCGGACCAGCAGAGCCUGCAGUUCGACCAUGAAGCUUUUUUGGGAAAAGAAGAGGCGAAGACAUUCGACCAGCUGAGUCCAGAGGAGAGCAGAGACAGACUGAGUAAGAUUGUGGAUCGUAUCGAUAGUGAUGCUGAUGGAUUCAUAACUUCUGACGAGCUGAAGCUUUGGAUUAAACGCGUUCAAAAACGCUAUGUUUAUGAGAACGUUGCUAAAAUAUGGCGUGACUACGACCUGAACAAAGACAAUGCGAUUGCCUGGGAGGAGUACAAACAGGCCACCUAUGGAUAUUACCUUGCGAACCCAGAAGAGUUUGCGGAUUCGUCUGAUCAGUUCAGCUUUAAGAAGAUGCUGCCACGAGAUGAGCGCAGAUUUAAAGCAGCUGAUCUGAAUGGAGAUGAGCGAGCAGAGAGGGAUGAGUUCACUGCGUUCCUCCAUCCUGAGGAAUUUGAGCACAUGAGGGACAUUGUUGUCCUGGAGACAUUGGAGGACAUCGAUAAGAACGGAGACGGUUACGUGGAUGAAGACGAAUACAUCGCGGACAUGUUUGCACAUGAAGAUGGUGGGCCUGAACCAGACUGGGUGAAAACUGAGAGAGAUCAGUUUUCUGAUUUCAGAGAUCUGAAUAAAGAUGGGAAGAUGGAUGUGGAGGAGAUUCGUCACUGGAUUCUUCCUCAGGAUUACGAUCAUGCUCAGGCUGAGGCACGACACCUUCUGUAUGAGUCCGACACUGAUAAGGAUCAGAUGCUGACAAAAGAAGAGAUUCUGCAGAACUGGAACAUGUUUGUAGGAAGUCAAGCGACAAACUAUGGAGAAGAUCUGACCAGAAACCAUGAUGAGCUCUGAACACAAUAUAAUCAAGAGCAAUAAUCACUUUGCAUUUCUACAUUCACAUGAUUAAUAACAUCUUUAAGUACAUGAACUAUGGACACACAAUCGGUAAUCACUAAAACAUUAUUAGGAUGUGAAAUCCCAGCACUUUCUCCAGGAGUGUCUGAUUGACAGAUCUACAGAUUUGCAGAUCUCUAAUCUACCUCAGUAUUACUCAGUGUCCUUAGUGCCAUUCAUGGCUUUUUCUUCUGUUUGUGAGUGGGUUAGAGACUAACUGCAAGUUUUCCACAGAUCAAUUUUGUUUAGUUAGGUCUUUGUAAAGAUCUGUAUAAUCAGUCUGUUCUGUAAAGUGUGUUUUGUGUAUGUUUAUUGUGCUUUAGUGUUAUUUACUCUUGAGGAAACAGUGUUACAUAGUCAAUUACAAACAGAACAUUACAGUAUGAGGUUUUUUAAUCUUUAUGUCAGUUUUGAGCUUUGAUUCUGGUCUUAUUUUAAAAACAGUUUUAACUUUUUACUCAGAAGUUUAUAUUCACUACAACUUUUAUGGAUUCAUUUACCAGAUAAUACCAGUAAAAUUUUAGCAUCAUGCACUGGUUACUAAUGCAGUGUUGCCGAGCAAUUAGUGACACUGCAGUUGAUUUUCAUGACAAAUAAACUAUGACUAUUCUGCA